AUGAAUUCUGAACCAUGUUUAUUAAUACGUCCAAAAACUCUAUCAGAACAACGAACUACUCGUCUUACUAUGGAUGAACGACUUACGUUAUUGUCAAUACCGUUAGAAAAAGAAAUUCCACCGACUAACAGGUUGCACACAAGUUCCCAUUUUCCAAAUAGUUUAACUGAAACAUCACCAAAUUCUUCAAAUAGCCCUAUUAGUGUUUUUACUGUUCGUUCACACUCUGAAACCCAAACUCCAAGAAAAUUUGUUAUUGGAAGAAAUAGAGCAAAGACUAAUCUAACUCGAAUUUGUAAUCUUCUUAAUCAAGAAUCAGAUAGAUUUUCAAUUAGAGAAACAAAAGAAACAAAAGGACUUUGGAAAACAGAAGAGUGUCAUGAGGAAUUACCAAGUGAAGUUAAAAUACCUUCAUCUCCAAGGCAACGUUUUCAAAGAUUAGGAGUAAGUGAUCCUAUGCUUACAAGGUCUUUAGAUGAAAUUACUUUUGACUUAAAUCAGAAAUUAGAGAAAGUUGCAUUAAGUGCUGACAUCAAAAAUACUACUUGUUUACGAAAGAAAUGUAAACUAGGAAUUCGUUGUAAGACUGAAAAAGUUUUAGCAGAUUCUCCUGCUUGA